GACUUGUGAGCGCCCGCUGCGCGUGCUGUGGCUCGCGGCUAGCUCGCGUCUUCCGCGUGCGGGAUGUUAGCGGCGGACAAGCUACUGCUGCAGUCCAACGUCAAGCAGCGCGCCAUCCAGCUCCGCGAGAAGGAGCUCAACCUCUUCAAUGACAACUUCAACGCGGUGGGUACCCAGUCCGCCGUCCUCGCCGGCUUCGCCAUGACCAGCUUUGCCGAGAUCGACCUCCCCCACAACGCGUACUUUGCGACAAAGGCUUGCCUCCACCUCUUCGUCACCAUCUCCAUCUGCGCGAAUCUGAUGUGCACAGCCUCCACCACCUUUGUCUCCGUGUGGGGAAGCGGAAAGGCGCUGCGAGGGAAGGACGGGUCGAUGGACACGGCGGUCGAGGGAAUGAGCCAGGCGCCGCUUCAGAAGGGGUGUCCGUUCCUCGUAUGACUGCCGCUGCUGAGGGUUGCUGUUUCUGCGCAGGAGCGCUCCUUCAUCUUCACCUGCUUCGGCGUCGGCCUGAUCACGACCUUGCUCGCGCUGAUGUCUGCGAGCUGGAUCCUGAUGACCGCCGAGGUUGCUUGCGUCGCGACGGUCGGAAUCUCGUGGUGCAUCUAUGUAAUCGUGCGGCAGGCGUGCCGCAUCCACGACAAGUUCCGGCUGACGGGGAAGAAGGACACCGUGUCUUUCGACGACAUCAUGAACUCAGGAGUGCUGCCGGGCGGCGGGGCGGGGAUCAGGCACGACGCGGGCGAGG